AUGCAGCUAAGAUUAGAUCGUAUGAUAAUUUAUAUCUUGGGCUAUGCAUCAUAUUACACGUGCAAAGUGCUUAAACUUGACGAACAAAUUAAAUGGAUCUUUAACAUUUGUCCUGGUCUCAAGACGCACGGAUACUGUAUAAUCUUCAAUACUUGGGCUUGUUUUCCAUUGUGUCGUUUCGAACGUAUUUGCACGGCCUUCCUGGAUGUUACCCUAGCUUUGCAAACCCGUGGACGUGAACAUUCAGAACUAACAGCCCUAGGCUGCUAUCACCUCUGUAUUUCAAAGGCAGCUUUGCAGCAGCUCAAACUCAACAUUUACAAUUUACUUAAGUGA